AUGGCUCGCUCUUUCACUACCGUUAAGGUUCUCUCUGCUCUUGUCGCCGACGGAUUCUCCAACACUCUCACCAGGCGUGGGUUUGCGGCGGCUGCGACGGCGACACAAAGCGCAACAAGAGGAGGAAGCGCCUCCAUCAGCGGCAAAAUAGCCCCAAAAUCAGGGGAAGAGAAGGUGAGAGGUGCUGAAAAGGUUUCGUGGGUCCCAGAUCCUGUCACUGGUUACUACAAACCGGAGAACACCAACGAGGUUGAUGUUGCUGAGUUGCGAGCUACGGUUUUGGGCAAAAAAUUCAACCACUAA